GUCGACGCGCACGAGCUGCUACCGGGGGACGUGGUAGAUAUCUCGAUCUCGGAAACCUCCUGCACGCAGCAGCUACCAGUGGAUUGCGUUCUCGUCAAGGGUGCGGCACUUACGAACGAAGCGGCUUUGACCGGGGAGUCGCUACCGGUGCAAAAGGUGAGCUACCUCACCGGCGACGAGCGCGGCGAAUACCCGGAACCCAAAUCGGAACGGCACGUGCUACACGCGGGAACAACGCUACUCGCGGCGGAGCAAGGAACCAAAGCGGUGGUUGUCGGUACUAUAACGACGUUCAUUUAGUCUGUUCUUUGUCAAUUUCUGGAUAAUGUGUUUUUUUUUUUCAUACUUUUCGUGCUUUUUCAUCUACAGCGACUGCAUUAUUCAACUUCUAUGCCAGGAAUCGGCGUUGGCACCGUGCGCGGCGACGCGGUUCGACAAAUGUUGUCAUCUUCCUCAACAUCCUCGUCCGGUGGGAACAAGGAUUUUUCCAAGCGGUACGCAUUCGAAACGCAACUCGCUUUGUGGCACCGCUACAGCGCGGUCGUCGUCGCUCCGCUGGUGAUGGCCUGCAUGUUGUUCCUCACGAACCCGACUGUCGCGGAGAUUCAUGUCGUGAUCGUGCAGGCGCUGACGACGCUGAUGAUGGUGUGCAGUCCCUACCUGCCGGUUGCGCUGAACGCGGCCUACUUGUCGAGCGGCAAGCGUUUGGAAACCAAUUUGAAGCUAUACGUGAUGGACAAGAGUCGGAUUCCCGUGAUGGGGAGCGUGGAUGUUUUCUGUUUCGAUAAGACCGGUACGUUGACGGAAGAAAAGAUGCGCUUUUACGGGGUGGCCACGUGGACAAGGGCAUCUGGUGGGAACAGAGCUCCGUGCUGCGUACGACCAGCAGCCGCAGCUAUUGUAGAAAAAUCAUUCGCCGCGGUGGACGAGCUUCCAGGCCGCGUGGCCUCUACAACUACGACUGAUGAAGCCAGCGGCGCACAGGGGCGAAAAGACCAAACCUCUUGUUUCAGGGUGAUUCCGUAUCAUAAUUCAUUGACCGCAGCUCCUGACCAGAUGUUAAUGGAGGCGAGCGUGGGUGAUGUCGAGCAAGACGGACAGGGUGAAGCAGCAGCGUCAACCACCUUCCGGCGCGACGAUCAUAAGUCGUUGCGCGGCGUGAAGGAGUUCAACGAGCGGCUGCGGGCUUGCGGCGAGGCGGAGUUACUCGAGUCGUUGGCCGUGUGCCACUGCCUGAAGCGGGUGAACGGCACUCUCACUGGGCAUCCGGUGGAGCGGCAGCUGGUGCGCGCGCUCGGCUGGACGAGUGAGGAGCACGAGGUGGAAGCUCUGCCGGAAGGCGCGGCGCGCGCUCUCACCCAGUUGCAGCGUGAGGACGGACUCGGAGGACGAGCCGGGGAACGUCAGGCAACGAUCGGCCGUGCUCCGACACACGUUUCCGGCACCAGUGCGUUUGCUGGAUUGGGAAAUCCGGGGCAGUUCUACUCGUCUAGGCAGCAGCGCAUUCCUCGUGAGGACGGAGGUGGAGCGUGCGCUCUUCAUCACACCGAGGAAGAGCAGACCAAAAGCAAAAAAGCAGCACUACUAGCAGCCGUCGGAGGAACGCCUGCGGCGGUCGCAAGCCGUGUGCGCGCAACCGGCCUAAACACCCUUCGCGCAGCCGAGGGACUACCUGUCCUGCCACAGCUGGAUGUCCGCCCCGCUACAACUCCAUAUUAUACCACAACGACAGGCAGCUGCAUUGCAGCUGCCGAAAUAAAGAACAAGACCACGACGAGCGACCGACUUGGCGAGGGCGAGAAAACGCGGGUUUUCCGAUUCCAUCCGCCAGAGCAGGACGCUGAUGCGAUUGGUGGGAGCCGCGGGGAGUCUUCGAAACGUGAAAUGGAAAGCAAGAAAGAGGGAAAUCAGACGUCGCCGAUCGAGAUUAUGAAGAGGUGGGAGUUUGAUCAACGGCGGGUGCUCCAAAGCGUUUUCGGUCGUCGCAACGUCGAGGGACGCGGCGAGGAAUAUUUCGUCUGUGCGAAGGGGUCGGUCGAGAAGAUUUCCCGCGUCUGCCGGCCCGAUACGCUCCCUCCAGAUUUGGUGCGACAGGCGCGCGAAUUUUCGAAGCAAGGUUUCUACACCCUCGCCAUUGCGAAGAAA